AUGGCUGAAGAACUUCACAUAUUAGAGAGUGCACAGGCAGAGGUCCGUUAUGGUCUGGCUAAAGCCACGUCUCUCCUUCGGCAGGCGAGGACCCCUGAAUCCGAAGCACUCCGCGGAUCUAUAAGGCGCGAAACAGAAGUGAUAAUCAACGAUUUUCGCAAAGUUGGGGCUGCGCUGUCGACUUCUAGUGAUGGUCACACUGGCCGAACUGAGAAAAGGAACGCCAAGUCUCGAUUGCUUCAGAUCUCAGACAAAGCGGUUCUUGAAACACGCCUCGAGGAAUUGGACAUGAUCCGCAAAGCUCAAAUCCAAACCAACGAAUAUUUCGAAAGAAAAGCCAAGGAAGCGAGUUGA